AUGGCAAUCCCACCGACUCAGCCAGACGAAGAGAUGGUCUGGACAGCAGCCCGCGACCAAUCUCCUUCUCCAGAUUAUGAAGAAUCCGGCACAAGUCACGACAACAACUUGCAAAGAGAUCUGGCUUUUGUAGACGAGAAUAGCGCAUUUGGAGAUUCUCUGUCAGAUACGGACUCCCACUAUUCAAUGGAUUCAUCUGGCUCAAAUUCAAGUGAGGAGUUAGGUUGGGACGGCCUCUUCGACGCCGACCACCCAGAAGUGCCAGGCAAGCCGUUGCCGGGGGCUGAUGCUAACGACCAAGGUCAAGGCAACGCGGGCACUCCACGGCUGCGUCGAAACUGGGACUGGUGGCCGUUCAAGAACAAGCAGUACCUGGUCGGCACUAUGGUCAUUGGUCACACACGGACAAUAAUCUCGCGUGUGAUGUAUAAUCACGUACGGAUGAUGUUUGAUAUAUCGGCCGUCGAGCUCCCCGAUUGGACAACUGUACGCCGUGUCAAAUCAAACCUUCGCAAAAUGGUCGGCCUCGAGGUAUUAGGUCACCGAUCAGUAGUUGGCACACCCGUACACACAUUGAGUCUUAAAAAACUGAUUGCACUCAAGCUGGCCAACCCAAUUGUGGAGCCACACAUACAAUACUAUCCAGAGCAGGCCAAUGGCCGCCAAAUCUACAAGCUGUCCCAAUCAGAGAAGUGGCUGAAGGAGCUCGGUCCGGACACACGUGCCCAAAUGGUCCGUCAAGAUGGCCGUGAUUACUAUCUGCAUGAGCUGGUACAGAUGCAGUCCAACCUCCUAGUUAUCCCUAAGUUCUUUUAUGAAUACAAAGGGCGGAUGUAUGCCCGCCACAGCGUUGCUGAUUUCUGUGUUGAAUACCCUGUGAUGGAUUCACCGGACGGCACAUUGAUGUCCACGCUUUGUGGCAACAAGAUCUAUGGUGUAAUAAGGGCGGCCCAGAAGAAAACUAUGGCCUAUCUACAGUUUUUUUUGCAAAUCAGUGCCGAUGGAGUAUGGAUUAGAAAUGGGAUACAAUCGUGGGUAGCGAUAAUAGCCAACUGCUAUCGCUUGUGGGAGACCUCUAAAGAACUAAGGACCAAAACUCUGGUCGGAGAUCUUGGAGGCGAGCUGGGAAUCAGGGAUUCCAUCAAUAGACAAAUCUUCAUGUAUGCAUAUGACAUCCGCGCCCGGGGAGCUGAGGCCACCACCGCCAAUCACUUGUUUACGGAACGGAUUGACCGUUUGGACCAGACGAAUAAGCCGCGACUGUUCAACUCAUUUUUCCGAGUUCCAGGUGAGUUUUUGUUUUGGUUUGCGGCUUUUGUGAUGUGCGAUGUGCUACUCUGA